AUGAGUUUGUCUCCUAAAAGAUAUCAUGGGAUUGUGAUUGCUUUUGUGGAGGUUGAAGACAAUGACAAUAUUCAAAAGAUUCGGCAAAUACCCGGUAAACCCAUUUAUGUUGUGGGAUGUGGAGAUAGUGAAGAUAUUGAGUCUGUUCAUAGUCUUUUAACGUCCAAGGCAAAUUGCAGUCAGAGAUAG